ACUUCUUUCCUGUCACGGCGAGUGGGAUGAACUGUGGAGAAAAAUCAAGGAAGAUCCAAUUGCAGGCACUCAUGGAAGUGCGAAGGAGGUUUAUUGUAAAAAUAAAAUACAAGUAGAAAACAGCAAACGGGACUGAAGAUAAUCUGAACUGAGAACAACUAAACAUGAACAAGAACACGAAUAUGAGGGCAGGUGAGCAGAGGCAGAUAACGGACAGCAGGGAGCACACACAGAUGAAGCACAGUGGAUACACAGACUGACCAGCGACUACAACAUAAGAAGACACAACUUAAAUACACACAGAAGAACACGGGGAGAAUACAAACAGCCAUGGCUGCUGUCUACCAGCAACCCAUCCAGGUAGUGACGGUCGCCACCACUAAUAAAAACUCCGGGCGAUGGAGCACCAACCUCUGUAAUUGCUGCUCUGAUAUGCACACCUGUUGCUAUGGCCUUUGGUGUUUACCCUGCAUGCAGUGUGAGACAGUCAGUAGACAUGGAUGGUGCUGCGUCUUGCCUCUCCUGGACGGUUGCUGUGUGGUGUCCUACUUAUUCCGCAAGUCCAUCAGGGAGCGCUACAACAUCCCUGGUUCAUCCUGUGCCGACUGCUGUCAAAUAUUUUGGUGUUACGAGUGUGCUUGGUGCCAGAUGCAUCGUGAGCUGAAAAUCAGGGCCAGGCAGGCACCUGCCAUCUUGACGGUGGUCACCACGCAGGUCAUCCAUGGAUAGAAUAUCAACCUCGUGUGUCAAGUGCAUGUCACUUUUUCUUAAUUAAACUUAUUUGUCAUAAUAUUGCAAUUAAACAACAUUUAAGAAACAUUUAGUUGUUUUUACAGCUUGAAAUGAAAGCAAAGAAAUGUAGCCCCUUUGUAUCUGCUUUUUCAUAGCAUUGCAGAGCUCAUUGCGAGUGCUAGCAUGGUGUAGGUGAUACGUGAC